UCAUUCCCGACUUCGACUCUUUGGUUGAAGUUUGGAUUGCGCUGUUUGGGCGCAGCGAGUGUCAAUCUAUAGCAGGGAUAUGCCGACAAUUUUGGCAAUCGGAUUGGCGGCAGGGCCUUGCACGUCGCGCCAUAUUUGAUGUUGCACGAACACGCUUCCCAAUUCACUUCCGGCCGCUCAUCCGCCUUCUUCGAGCAAUGACUACGUCUGGAUUCAUUGAUACUGAUCCACUAUCCACUGCAGCAUCGUCCACCCAACCUCCCGCUGAUGAAAGUGAUGAUGGUGACCGUGAGAUUUGUAGUCGACAUGUAUUUUACUACGUGGAUAAGUUGCCUACUUUCUCGCUGGUCAUUCCCCUGGCAUCUUGCACCGGUCCUAAUGCUGUCUAUGAGAAAGCACAGGCUGCCGGUCCAUCCUUCGCAUACACAAACCUACGUGCUAUUCGCCUUCCUGGAGGCUCCGUGAUGCCUGCGCGCUCGAAGGGUCGGCUGUUGAGUGGGGAUGGUGGGGAUCAUAUUGCAGUGUGUUGGCAACAUGAGCACAGCGGAUGGAAGGUGGUUUUGGACGUGCUCACUGAGUACGUAACUCGGCGGAGGAUGUACACGGGCACCGUGGACCUAUACCAGGACGUUGCCUUCGGCCGUACAGGCCCUGGAUCUAUUCCUUUGACGCUCAGGCUUGAAGACGUCGGGAUGGAGAUUGAUGAGGGGGGUGAUGAAGCACUCGCGACAGAUGCUCUUGACCUCAUUCGCAGCGUCAUCCAAGACAAUGAAGAGCUGGCGGAAGAGCUAUUGGAAUCUCUCGAGAGCGGUGGCGACCCUAAUAAUUCUUCGGACAAUCAGCCGCCCGACCUCGUCCAUCUCACGACAAUGAUUCUGGAGGAAGCCCUCAGUCGCUCACAAGCUCGAAGUUUUUCGCGAACCCAGCUAAUCACAUCUGCGAUGAGCGUUCUAUCAGCACUGUUAUCCUUGCCAAAAUACUCUCUGCGUGUAUGGCUCUAUAUCCGUUCAACCAGCGUGCUGUUUGGCCCUAGUCGUACGUCAGGUUUUGCGGCAGUCGCUCUACCAGCGGAGCGGAUCUCUGGUCACUAUACAAUGACUCUCGCAUUGCUCAAUCUCGUCCAACAACUCCUCCAUGAAGCGUUUGCGUCCGUGCUCACAAUUCCACUUGACAAUCAACGCCUUAAACAGGUGAAAGAGGAAGUUCUACUCCGAGCAGCAGUGUUCGUCCAUGGGGAGAUAUGGGUGGAGCACUUGAGUUGGAAGUAUGCCCAGCUUGGCGAUAGGUUUGAGAUUGGACGACGAGUGUCUUCGUUUUAUGGCUAUGUUCUCAAGCAAUCUCCUCCCGCUUUGGGCGAUCGUCCCUUCCCUGCCCUAAGCCAAGCUGUCGCUGACGCUCUUCUGCAUAAGGCCACGACGUCAACUAUCAACCCACUUGUAUCAUCGAUAGCGGUUGCCCCCCACAUCCUCGGCACCCUUUACGCUUCACGACGCUAUGGCGAUGCCAGACGUCUGAUCUACCUGCUGGAGUCACACCUCAGUCUCACUAGGCUAGUCCUUAGCUACAAACAGUCCAUUCCCUAUUCCUCGAAACCGUGUCUUCUAGAGCAAGCUCUGUGCGCGCGGGUAGCGGGAGGCGCUGGGUUCACGGAUUCUACGAGAUCCAGGAUAGAUCCCGUCGACGUCCUGGCAAAUUAUGUUAAAGGGCGAGAUAUUGGGACCGCUGUUCCGCUAGAGUCGAUCAGAGUUCUUUAUGCUCUCUGCGCAUCCUUGUCUGUGACUCAGCCCUCGCCUGCGACAAUCAUCGGUCAUCUCUCGAAUCCAGAGGCCACUGUCGCAUCGUUCGUGCGAAUUGUACAGCACCCGUACGAGGAUCUCGCACUGCGCAAUGCCGUUUGGAACUUCAUAGCCCUUGCCGUUGAUAAGGAACCAGCAUUAGCCAACCUCUUCGUUACAGGACAAUUCCGGGUUCCGAACAACAAAAUCAAGAGCAAGGAGAACGCUAAAUCGCAAGGGGAGGAUGAUUCGAAGAAGCACAUGAGCGCCCUCGAAGUUGCUAACGAAACGCUCAGUCGGUGGAAAGACUUAUGGGAGGCCAAUCCCCAACUCUUAGCAUCGGUGUUUCGCUUCAUUUAUGUCGUGUGGCAACACGGGCUUGAACACAAAAAUCUCAUUGAUACUACUCGUGGCAAUGACGAGUUUUGGACCAAUGUGGUUGCUGUUGUUAAAGAGGAGCUCGGUCCCGAUCCUGACUACGAGACAGAGACAUUCAUCAUAUUGGACGACGAGCGCCGAUCAAGUCUCCACGAAGCAGUAUCUGUUCAGUCGUAUCGCAACAUGGUGAAGUCAUAUGCUGUGCGUGUCAUUGGACAGGACAUCUUCCUUCAGCCACAGCCUAGGUCCUGUGAGCCCGCGAAGAAGCCCUUGAGUUACAGCAAGCUAGCUCCAUCAUUCAAAUCCGAAGAUCAACUCAACGAAUUGAUAUUGGAAGCCAAGAGCACAUCGUAUGACCCCAGUCUUUCUGAUAAACUCGCCACGCAGCUUCAGCAGGACUUCCCGGGCCUCUCCCUUACUCACCUACAGUCGCAGGAUCUCAGCGACGAGCGACAGUUUGGUGAUGACUUCAUGUUCUCCAUAGCACUUCUUCGCAGUCGUAUGCAACAGUGCGUGUCGGGUGAUGAUAGGGCAAAUGCAGUGGAAGAAGUAGAAAAGAGAAUCGCGUCCUUAAAUCUCAAUCUCUCCCUCACCUACGCUCAGACGGCUUUGACGGAGUCGUGGCAGUUCCUUUUGCAUCAAGUGUUGCCAUUUGUGCGGCCAGUGCCAGAGAUCCGUUCAAACCUCCUAUCACUCUCGGCCACGAUAUCCGGAGACCUAGCUUUGGAGAAAAGGUCGGGAGACAUGAUGGCAAAACUCCAUGGCACGCGACUCAACUUGUUGCUAUCAAUUCUUGAAGUGGUCUGGUUCUCUGAUUCGGAUACCGACAAGCACAUCACGUCUUUCAUGAACCUCGUGGAUAACAUACACAAAGUCCUGUUGAAUGAGGCACAACCUCCUUCUCAGUCAUUCCUGGGACAAUUAUCCGUGCCUUUCCAUCAAAUCCUGCUCCAGGUCAUCUACUUCUGUGUUCGCCAGUGCCGGAAUCUUGCCAGACGACCUAAGGUCCUCACCGCUAGCAGGCGCAUUGCCGUUUCUGGCUUGGUGGACGCAACGCUUCCACUGGUAAUUGAUGCUCUCCGCCUUACCUUUGACUCUGCCCGUACACGGCUUGAUCUUGAUCUUGAUCGGGAUAUGGAGCUACUGGUUGCAGUCUUCGAGCAAUGCACGCGUCCUGAUAUCAACGUCUCGUCUGUAACAUGGUUGACCCGAUGCCAAGAGACGGAUGUCAUCAAAUCAAGCUUGGAAUUACUCACUAGGACAGAUGUGAUCGGCCUCACAGAUCUGCCCCUGCUUCGCACACGCAGGCAACCUUUGUACGCGCCCCACAUCCUCCUAUUCCACAUGGCUGUAGUAAGCAUAUCAUCCGGGGCUGAAAGAUUCGCCAGUGAAGGCAUCAUUUCGGCAUACAGUAACAACGGAAUUAGCCUUGCGGCAAGCUCAGGGCAGAUCGAUGUUGUGUUGCCUGAGCUUCCUGGAGAGAGGAGCCCAGCACACAAGACAUACUGCUCGAUGAUAGCCAUAGUUUCUGCUAUCGUCUCCGCUCUCAAGCGGCAACACCACUUCUUCGACGCAGAGGCAUGCGGAUUCGUGCAACUGUAUGGCAAGCAGAUUAUCCGGGCGCUGAGCUGGAGUGUCGGUGAUCCGAUUACACUACCAUUAUUGGAGGAGAUGGAACAGGUCGUUGGCCUCUUUUAUGCGCUUGCGGAGAGUGCUCCUCCUACUGCCUCCCCAAACCCAGCAGUCGUCAAGGUCCUACGUGUGUUCACAACCCACGCGCUCAUGCUCCUUCAGCAACUCAACUACGCAUUGACGCACCCUAAUCACAUCGCUAGUCUCUUGGAACCGGUGACUGCAGAAGAGCGUGCAUUGCUGGAAAAGGAGCCUACCGCCGCAUCCUCCCUGCUAUCAGUGGACAUGGCCGACCUGCAGAAACAUCCGUUGACUGCGCGUCUCGUUCAUCGGUUAUUUAGGCUGUCAAGCUCUGUGGUGUCUACGCUGAUUAGCAUCAGCCGAGCGUAUGACGUUCUUCUUGGUGAACAAGAAGAAUGGCCCGUUCAAGAAGCAGUGAUAGUUCCUCAUUCCAAGGUGGUGCCGGGGGAACCAGCAUCUUUGGGAACCUUGCUUGAACUCGCGAACUGCACCCUUGAUGUCCUACGACACCUCGUCGAUCGCCCAGCAGGUCAGGCCAUCGCCCCCCCUGCGUCCCUCAAAGAUACGCCGCUUGAUGUGCAGGAAGGCAUGCUGACAGCCCGGAAGACAGUGGAGGCAUUGCUCGUGUAUGCGGCAACGCAGCUUGCGAUGUGGCUCUCGAAGCCAGAAUUUGACACUGCUGAAAUGGACUCGGAGGAUCACAUUCCACAAACCAUGGAUAUGCGAGAAAGUUCAAAAAGACCAUCUAGGGCGCUCACAGACAGAAUUAGGAGGGGAAUGCCGGGAGAGAUGGCGACGGAUUUGGAGAAGUUAUUGAAGCAAGCGAAGCCUAUUCUGCAAAAGAGCGUCGAUGACAACAGAAAUGUCAAGGGGGAUCUCACCCAGGUGCUGCUUAGAUUUAUGAGUGAGUGGGUAAUGACUACGCCGUCGUAGAUGGGUUAGGCACUAUGCAGAUGUAUUAAAAGUAACAUUAUAUGUUUCACAUUGCCAAU